UUGUGAGGGUGAAUCUCCUAUUUACUAGUGUUAGUUAAUGUGUCUGUAAUAAUGAAGUUACACCAUUUUAUAUCAGCAUUUCUUUUAUUUGUUCCAUGUCUUUGUCACAAAUAUUCUAAAGAAUCAAAUGCUCUCGAUUAUCAAAAGUUAAUAGGUUUGGAUAAACCAUUUAGAAUGCAAAAACUGAAUUUAGUUUGGGAAAAAGCCGUGAAAAAAAUCAGCCCUGAGAAGUUGAAACUUCUUUAUACAGACUUAAAAUUUCAAGAUAAAGAAGAAUUGUCCUUUAAAAUGGAAAAAUCCAAAGGUCUUGAUAAAAGUGGUUUAAAAGAGUCUCUCAUACAAGCAAGUUUUAAAGCAAUACUAGAAAAAUACAACUUAAUGUCCGAUUUUGAAGCUUUACAAGGUGAAGCCACUGUUUUUAAACCAGAUGAAAAUGAUGCAGAAAUGAAAAGUAUAUUCAAAGACAAGAAAUUGAAUAAACUUUGGUUAAAGGCAGAAAAACAAGGAUUCUCUGAGGAGGAAUUGAGAACAUUAAAAGAAGAAUUUCAACAUCAUCAAAACAAAAUAGAUCAAUAUUAUGGAAUUAUUAAUCAACUUCAUGAUAAAAAUACUGAUGAUAACACUGUAAAUAAAGUAGAACAUGUAAUCUAUGCAGAAGAAAAGGAGAAAAUCUAUAAAACUGAUAAUCCUCAUCAGGUAUUAAAAGAGAAGCAUGCUGAUUUGAAAGCAGGAUAUGAUUAUCUGAAUAGCAAAAUAAUACAAAAUUAUAAGAACAUGGAGUUUGAAGAACCUCAAGUAAAUAGUUUAUGGGAAAUGGCCAAAAAUGCAAGUUUUUCGCCUGAAGAGUUAGAAAGUUUGAGGGGUGAGCUCCAUCAUUUUGAACACAAAAUAAAAAAGUUUAAGAUGUUAAGUUCUCUGGAAACUGAGAAGGAGGACAGCAACUCUGUUGAUGGGUCAUUAAAAAAACGAGAAAAGAAGUUAAAAGAGUAUGGUUACAAGGUAGAAAAAUUUCAUAAAGAAUUGGCCAGUCGCAUUCUACAAAGACACUCGGAAUUAUGAACUAUUGAAAAAUAAUGAACAUAUAACAAAGAAUUAUAUUUUGACUGAAACAUUAGUUUUCUCCCUCCCCAGUCAACAUUGAAAUUGCUUUUUACAAAUUCAUUUUACUGAUCUCAACUCUUAAGGUUUUCAGUAAUUUCCUUCAUUACAGUUGUAAAUUUCAAAUGUAUCAAGAAACAAAUUAACUAGUGUGUGU